UUUCAGCUUUUCCGCUAUGACUAAUAAUUCAUAGCUACCAUGGUGUAUCGGGCAAGCUUUGUCAUAUUUUUGACAAUCAUUUCUGCUCAUCUUGAUCCCAGCUUAUACAGAGCGCCUUUUAGCGCAGAUCCUUGGGAUGUAGACGGACCAUGCCAGGAGCACGUAGAGAGAUUUUCAAAAGUGCAAGCGAAUAUGGUGCAAUGUGCUACAAACUGGUCUAUUCCUCCAAAAGUUUGCACAAACUGCUUUGAGCAGUACAUAGCUUUCAAGCAGGUCGAGUACGAAACAAAACACCUAGACAAAAUAUUUUCUUUGGACAACCGAACUUGCACUCAAGUGAUCUAUGAUAAUUAUCUGCUAUCCUAUAGCCAUGACAUAUCAGAAGCGCUGACUUCAAAUAUCUGGGCAAAAUCUAGAUGUGACUCUUGUCUUACCAUCACCUGGAAUCUUACUGCUAACGACUCCCGAGUCGAAUUUGUCAAUCAGACUGUGCAAUUCCAGGAAAAACUCUACACAUGGCGAGACUGCGUUGCGAACGUAACUGAUGGAGACCUUGAUUUACAAGAUAACAGCACUAUUUGUCGUUACUGCAAACAUCAGUUCAAUGAUCUCUUUGCCUAUUACUGGAAUAUCUACGUAGAACCUGGUAUAGACUUCUGCGUCGACGUCGAAACUACCAUGAAUGAUACCGUACAUAUCUGGAAUGAUGUAUGGGAAUGUGCAGAAAGAAAAGAUAGGAAGAGAGAUACUGGAGCAGUGCUGAUUACCAUGGCCGCACUUCUGUCGAUAACUGUGAUCUUUUAUGCUAGUAGUUAUAUACAGGGAGGAGGACAAGCAAGAGUAUUUGUUAGAUAUUCUCGGAGGGAGCCGGCUGAGCAACGCAGUUCUCUCUUGACACCUUCAGCUUCUUUGAACAAUAUGGGUGUAUAUUCGGUCCGAAAUCAUUUUUAGGCCGAGGUUACCUUCCUAUUUAUCGCUCUGCAUUGUGGCUUCAUAUUUCACUUCAUUCUUCGUUUGCUUGUUACUCUUAUAGUUCUGAAGGGUUUGUAUAUAUGCUUUAUGUCCACUCAUGCCACAGCAUCUCCGUGGCACACUGACAAGGUUAUUGCUGAUGUUGCUCCAU